GUCAAGUAUUCUUUACAAUGAAUAAUUUUCACGCAACCAGGAUAUUCAGCCUUUCAAGCUUCAAAUUAUUUUUAUGUGGUAAAUAACGGAUGUUGUUGGCAAUUUUUUUAUGAAAAGGCAAAAUGCAGCUACUUUUAUUGGUCUCAUUAAUUGCUGUGUGUUUUGGUGAGAAUGUGGAUUUAAAGUUAGAUUUUACAGACAGUAAAGUUAAUGACCUUAAGGGACAAGAUGCUUUGGAUGCCUUCACAGGAAAAAGUCAAAUAACUGGAGUAUAUUUCUAUAAGAGAGCUAUAAAAAAUUUUGAGUACUUUGUAAGAGACUUUAAGCUUGCAGCCAUGGACCUGGAGGUUUAUCAAGUCUCCUUAGGAUUUGUUGACUGUACAACAGAGGUAAACAAAGAUGUAAACAUUUGUGACAUAUCAGAAGUAGAGGGUAGUAUUCAUACAUACAGGUCUGGGGAGCAAAAGAUGUUAUUUCAACUAAGACAUCUGUAUUCUGCUCAUUCUAUUGUAGGAAAUAUUCUACAGCUUGUUUUGUUACGUGAUGUACCAUUAUUGAGAAAUGAAACAGAAGUUGGCAUUUACCUUGAGGACCACAAAGGUGGAAAGAAAGAUCUUGUGCUGGCAUAUUUUCCUACACUUGGUAGCUAUGAUCACAGAGCAUUCCUUGAAGUUGCAUAUGCUAAUAAGGACAAUUUUCAGUUUGCCAUCAUCAUGGAUACGAAAUCAACCAAAUAUUUUGGAGAUGGUAAAAGAAUUCUUAAAAAUGUGCCAACAUUAUGGUGGGUUUGGGCAAGUGAUAGCUCCUUUACCAGUGUCAAGUAUGGCAGGAAGUUUUCGCAAAAAGACCUUACCAUCUUCAUAAAUACCAUAUCCAAACCUAAACUGUUUGAUAUUCCUGGUGAUGGUAUAGAACAUCCUUUCUCAUCAUUUGAAGUCCCACUUGUUAAACUCUACUAUAAUGCCGCAUCAAAAGACAAGGUCUACGAGGAAGCAGAUGUUUUAAUCAGAUAUUUUGGAGGUGCAAUUGGAAUUAUAGUGGUCAAUAUGGACAAUGAAGAGGCAAAAUCAAAAUAUAAAGUAGAGGAAGAAUUGCCAACACUGAGCUUUCAAAGGAAUGCUGAGGCUAACGAGGAGUUCAUUCCAUCUGAUUUUAACUCACCUAGUAUUUUGAACUAUAUAUCUAUAACAUUGAAUGAAAAACCUGUAACAGAGAUGGUGGAAGAAGGUUUGGAAGAAACAUCGGAUCAAAGUGAAGAUCCACCCUUCAACAUGGAAGAAGUGUCAACACAAGAUGAUGCUGUUGCAGAUGCCGUGUACGUCACAAGGAAAGUUGAGCUGCCACUUUCCUUGGUUCCAGCACUUAACGAUAAAACCUUCCCAAAAUAUAUUAAAGAUUCAGACACCGCUGUUGUGAUGUUCUAUUUCCAUUUUGAUGCACUCAGUCACGGUAAUAUACGUAUGUUUGGAGAAGCAGCAGACAAAUUAGGGAAGCAGACGACAAUAAAACUGGGGCGUGUCAGCUGCUUUGAUUGGACAGAUGUCUGUCAGAAAGAGAAGCUGACUAUAUUUCCAACACUGAGAAUAUAUAAGAAGGGUGAAAUGGCCUGGGACUAUAAAGGACCACAAGAUACUCAAGCAUUUUACUCCACACUUAAGUUGUUAGAGUUAUCCCCUCCUGUAUAUGAGACAGAUAAGAAUAAACUGAUGCAAUAUAUAGAUGGAAAUGGGGAGAGCACACUGACUGGAGUUACAAAUACUACUGUUGUUGGACUCUUUAGAAAAAAAGAUAAAAAAGAAAGAGAGAUAUUUGAAGAGUUUGCAAGAAGUUCUAGAGAGAGAAUUAUGUUUGUAUAUACUGACAUAAAGGAAGCUGGUGACAU